AUGGGAAGGUGGCGAUUGGUGUGGCGCUGCCGAAAGCCGCCCGCCUUGCCGGCGACGGCCCUCCACCCCAGAAAUGCAUCUACUUUCCCGCUCCCUCGACAGCCCUUGCCCCCUCUGGCCCAAACCAUGGCUCGAUAUCUGCGUUCUCUGGAGCCCCUGGUGAGCCCUGAGGAGUUGGAGCAGUCACAGAAGCUGGUGGCAGAAUUCGGGGCUCCCGCAGGAGAUGGGGAGAGGCUCCAGGCCCGGCUGCAGCGCAGGGUGGCUCGCAUGGAGAACUGGAUCACGGAUUGGUGGAUCCAGUCGGCCUACCUGGAAAGCAGACUCCCCCUGGCUGUUCACUCCAGCCCGGCUGUGGUGCUGCCCAAACAGGAUUUUAAUGACUGGAAAGGCCAGCUGAGGUUUGUAGCAAAACUUAUUGCUGGUAUGUUGGACUUCAAGGCCAAGAUUGAUCACCAGACCCUCUUGGUUGAAUAUUCCCGGGGCUACCCUCUAUGCAUGGACCAGUAUUCCCGCCUCUUCGCCUCAUGCCGCCUUCCAGGACCAAAACACGAUUCUGUCUUGCUGCCUCCACCGGGCCGAAGACCAGCCACGUAUAUCACAGUAGUCCGCAACUUCCAGUUUUUCCAGCUUGAAGUUUACAACAGUGAUGGAACGCCCCUCACAGUUGACCAGCUUCACUCGCAGCUCCUGCGAAUCCGUGGGCAGUCGUGGAAGACGGAUAAGGAGCCCCUAGGGGUGCUGACCAGUGACCACCGGCACACAUGGGGACAGGCUUACACCACUCUAAUGAGAGACAAGCUCAACCGGGAGUCAGCACGUGCAAUCCAGCGUAGCCUUUUCACGGUCUGCCUGGACUCACCUGUUCUGAAGGUGUCGGAUGAGCGUGCAGUAAGCCGUCUUGCAGCACAGAUGUUGCACGGAGGUGGCAGCUACUCCAAUAGUGGUAAUCGCUGGUUUGACAAGACUCUGCAGUUCAUUGUGGGAGAAGAUGGCUCUUGCGGAGUGCUUUAUGAACAAGCGGUGGCGGAAGGACCUCCGAUCGCCACGAUCAUAGACCAUGUCCUUGACUACUGCAAAGAUCCUGACCCGGUUCGUGCUCCGUUGAUCCCUCUGUCGUUGCCCAAAAAACUCUACUUCUACUUCACUCCAGAAAUCAAACGCGACAUUGAACAUGCCAAGCAAAACCUGGACAUCCUCAUCACAGACCUGGACAUCACCUGUUUCACUUACCACGGGUUUGGCAAGGAGUUCCUCAAACGUUUUGGGCUGAGCCCAGACUCUGUCCUCCAGGUGGCGCUACAGCUGGCGUAUUACAGAGCACAUGGGGAACUGUGUGCCACUACCGAGUCAGCCUCACUCCGUCGCUUCCACCGUGGCCGGACAGAGACCAUCCGCUGCACUACCUCCGCCUCUCUGGCCUUUGUCCAGGCUAUGGCUGACGAUAACCGUCAGGCCUCAGAGAAACUGUUUUUGCUGCGAGAAGCCGUCAAGGUCCACAGCACCCUCACGGAGCAGGCUCUGGAUGGUCAAGGCAUCGACCGCCAUUUGCUAGGACUGAAACUGGAGGCCAUUGCUGAUGGCUUCCGAGUCCCAGAACUGUUUAUGGACACUUCCUACGCCGUUGCCUCUUAUUGGAAACUCUCUACAGGACAGGUAGCUGCCCGCACAGACUGUGUGAUGUGUUAUGGACCACUGGUGCCCGAUGGCUAUGCCGUUUGCUACAACCCUCUGGCUGCCCAUGUUAAUUUUUCUGUCACCGCUUUCAAUUGUUGCCAGGAGACCAACGCCGAGCAUCUGGCCGGAAGCCUCCAGAGGGCUCUGGAUGAUGUGGGGACCUUGCUAGGGAACCGUAAAGAUGGCAAAUCGUGA